GGUGGUCAUAUUUCCAUAACACCACAGAUGAUACUUGCAGCGAUAAAAAGACUUCACUUACGUAAAGUUUAUGUUCCAUCGAAUCUCAUUAGCGAAUAUUUACGUGGUUCCUAUCCAGUUGAAAAUAAUGCAAAAAUGUUUACCGAAGAAUUAAGGAGAAAAUUGGAUUGUGCUGUACGUGUUGGAUUAAUAUUAAAACACGGAGACGAUUUGUAUUAUUUACCUACUCUAAGGCAAAAAGCAAAUGCACUUAAAACAGCAUUUACUGCAUUUUGGGAGAUAUACAAAAACUAUCCUAAAUUCCGUAUCUCAAAAGCUAGGAAUCAAAACAAAAAUCAUUCUACAUUAAAGGAACGAACUAAAAACAGGAAAUAUUCCAAAAAUAAUGAUAACCACAGUAAAUAAAGACAUAAUGAAUUUUAAAUGAA